AUGAAACUGGCCAGAUCUGACACGUCCACCUAUGAGAGUCUGGUAUUUGUGACUGGCAUUGUCCUGCUCCUCAUCCCUUGUUCCAUCGUAUUAGCCUCCUACACUCGCAUCCUCUCUACGGUCCUGAGGAUGAAGUCAACCAAAGGACAGCAGAAAGCUCUGGCCACCUGCUCCUCACACCUGACUGUGGUUUGCAUGUUUUAUGGGGCAGCUCUCUUCAUGUACAUGAGACCCAAUGCCUACCACACACCAGAGCAAGACAAAAUUGUGUGUCUGUUUUACACCGUUGUCACCCCAAUACUGAAUGAAGAGAUGACAAGGAUCCCGAUUUUCCUCUCCCUGACAAUUUGUGGAGCAGAGUGCCUCUUCCAGGUAGUCAUGCAUUAUGACAGGUAUAUAGCAAUCUGCAACCUGUUGCAAUACCCACUACUCCUGAGCAAGAGAGUCUGUUGUCUGACAGGUGGGGUCUGGAUUGGGACAUGUGUAGAUGCCUUGAUUCUUACAGCUUCUGUAAUGCACUUGCCCUACUGCGGCUUUAAAAUAAUUACCCACUUAUUCUGUGAGGUCCCAGCCCUGCUCAAAUUGUCCUGCUCUGACACGUCCCAAUAUGAGACUUUGCUGUUUGUGUGUAGUAUUGUAAUGUUCCUUAUCCCUUCUUCCACCAUCCUAGCCUCUGACUCUCACAUUCUUGCUGCAGUCCUCAGGAUGAAUUCAACCAGACAGCAGAAAGCUCUGGCCACCUGCUCCUCCCACCUGGCUGUGGUGGGCAUGUUCUACGGGGCAGCCAUCUUCAUGUACAUGAGACCCAGCUCCUACCACUCCCCAGAGCAAGACAAGAUUGUUGCUGUCUUUUACACCAUUGUCACCCUAGGGCUGGAUCCACUCAUCUACAGCCUGAGAAACAGGGAUGUCUUAGGAGCCCUAAGAAAACUGGUUGGGAAAUACAGAGGACGCUCCAGCCCAGACUGCAUCAUCGUUCAGAACUGGCUGGUGAUGGCAUUGGAGGACCGGCUAAUGGACACACAGGCCUGGCAGGUGGAAGAUGUUGCCUGCAAGGGCGUGCAGGACUGGCAUGAGGAGGUGUGGGCCUGGGCAGACCGGGCAGUCUGA